UUAAGAAUUGGUUGAAGGAACGACGAGAAAACUACUGAAAACGAACUACCAAAACAGAACGGGGCAUUGUUGUUACAAUUUUGAACAAACCCGAAAAUCCAAAUGACCCGGAAGAUAAAACUACAUUAUAGAAAUACAGAAGAAAAAAAAUACUUCGGAUAAUCGAGCCAUUUUCUCCGGAUAAUCGAGUCCGACCUGUAUCAGGAAUACAGAAUUUGCAAUUUUGUCUGUAAAACACAAAUUGUUCGAGUCUGUGUUUUUUUCAAUUUGCCGGUGUAUAAAAGAUCCUUCAUAAUUUUGAGUUUAUAAAUAUUUGCGCACGCAGAUUUUCUGAAAAUGUGUGCGAGAGCAUAACCUCUGAGGCAGAUUUUUCGGGGUUUCAUGCAGUUGCAAAAAUUUUACAAUCCUGCAUCUCACUAUUUUGUGAAACGAGAAUCAACAUUCGACCGUAAUGAAGUGUGUUCGAAAUUGUAACCAAAGCCUUAAAUCCAGAAAAGCGCGAUUAAUAAUCGAAGUACGCUAACAUGAUUAUUGCUGAAAGCCCAUGAAAUUUAUUAUUUUACGUGAAAAUAAACCAAAAUAUUUUGUAAAAUGACAAUAAAUACAAAAAUCGUUUGCGAUGAAUAUUUUUUACCUUUCAGCUAUACUGCCGGUACCCGGAUAACUGUCCCAUAAUGAAAAACAACAAGUUGAGAAAACGGCGAUUUAAUAUUAUCCGUGAAUUUUCGAAUUUCCAGCAAUUACAUCCAGAACCAAUGACCAUAACAGUUUCAUGGCACCACAAGUUUAUCGUUGAGAACAAAAAACCAUGGAUGGAAUUGGUUUUACGUUAUAUAACUUGAAAAAAAGGACAAAAUGGGACAAAAUAUGCGGGUACAUAUUUUGUCCCAUCACAUAUAAAUUCAACCAGCAACCGGCAGUAUCAUUGGCAACGUACAUUGUUUUACAGAAAAACAUCAUUAGUCUAGGUAAUUAAAUGACAUACUUCUAUAUGCCUAAAAUAAUCCGAUAUACACUAAUCUGGAGCAAAAUUAUAUGUUUGCAGUUUGUACCACUAUGCAGUGGGACUGUAAUGCGGGUACUUUCAAUAUGUAAUUGUAAUUGUGUAGUAUAGAAGGGGGCCUAGGGCCAGGUCUCCAGUGUAUACACCGUCCAUGCUAUACUAGUAGAAUAGUGGAGAUGGAACAAUAAAGCGAUCAAGCGGAUCAAAACAGUAUUGUCCAACUUACUGAUUUAAGACAGAACGGCAAUACUGGAUUUUGUACGAAUCAUUGUAAUUGAGCAUGACAUCGUGCAACCCUCAAGCACUUCCACUGUCUCAUUUCGAGUAAAUCACUAGCCAUACAUAAUAUGACAUUGGUUGUAAUAUCAAUAGUAAUAGUAAUUUGCUUUUUUACAUACCUGCUGUGCCCUCAUCCUUUACUUACCCCGUUUCAUGUUUGUUACCUUUAAUCACUCUUUCAUUGACCCUUGUUUGAUUGUAUUCCUCAGGGCAAUUGCUUGGUUCUUCGUUUGCUCUAAUUCUUGAUUUUUCUCGCCUUUUUUUUUUUUUUGAAAAAGAGGAAACUGGAUUAAUGAUUUUAUUUGAAGAAUAAAAAUUGAUAUAAAUAAGUCUGAAUUACGACCGCGCAUAUAUCUAACUACUGGUUGAGCGUUGGCUUCGAGAAAGUAGAAAGUAGAAAGCAUGUCUUAGUUGUCACAAUAGUCAAUUAAAACUGCUUAAUCCGUAAAAGACGAGAUCAAUCAAUCUGACCUUUUAUGCGGGUACCGGCAGUAUAACAAUACGCAUAACAAAAAAAAUGCUUUUUUCCUUGUUUCAAAUUGACAGUCAAUGACAGCUCAUUCUUGUUCAUUUUGACACUCACAAAGCUUCGUAUUCGUUUCUCCCUCCCAGGCUUUACGCGGUCGAUAGUGUCGUAAGCGGCCCUAAAAUCGCUGAAUAGGUGGUGCGUGGAAACAUGGUAUUCGCGACACUUUUGGAGGAUUUUUCGCAGCGUAAAGAUUUAGUCCGUUGUCGAUCGCCCAUCCACAAAACCACAAAUGAUCUGGGAGAGUACUUUGUAGGUUGCGCUGAGAAUCGUGAUCGCUCGGUAGUUCUCAUAUUCCAACUUGUCGCCUUCCCUUUAUAUUGGACAUAUUACUCGCUCCUUCUACUUCUCCGGUAGCUGUAAUGUAUCCCAGAACCUGACAAUCCGGGCCCAGCUUAAUAAUCUCCGCUGCGAUGUCAUCCUUUCCAGCUGAUUUGUUGUUCUUCAGCUGCCUGAUAGCAUCCUUAUCAUCACUUAUCGUAGGGAGCGGUAUAUCUCCUUCAAUCGCUGUGCUGACGAAGUCGUUCCUUCUACCGUCUUAGUUCUCUGCCUCUGCGCCAUGCCUGUCGAUCACCUCACGUUCUCUAAUCAAGAUUCCACCAUCUUUAUCCCGACACAUUUCAACUCGUGGCACAAACAUUAACAUUGGGGCUUAUCACGGGAGUCACUUCACGGUGAAGUGACAACCGUAAUAGGCACGGUUAAAGUGAUUCCCAUUUGAUUUGCACGCGUCUUUUUUCACCGUGAGAUUUUUUCACUUCGUUCUCACCGUGAAGUGACUCCCAUAAUAAACCCCAUUAUUUGCUUCCUGUACUGAUUGUUUUUACGGCUGGCUUGUGAGGCCUGCAUCAACCUCGCCAGAAUAGCAUCGUGACAGCACUUUAUAACAUUGCUAAUUUUAAAUCUUAGAACGGUCAGAGUCUAGAUAAUAUCAAAACAGAGAAUCAAUUUCAAACUGAAUGAAGAAUCGCCCACAAAUGCUACUGAACAUAAAAAAAAAGCAAAAACCGCAUGUACUAACAUGUGUUAGGGUGUGGGACUAGUUCGUCGGGGGUUUCCUUCGUCAUAAUUUUUGUUUCAUUCUAAUAGUCCCACACCCUGCUACAAACUAAUCCUGAAGCACAUAUAUCAAACACUCUUUUGAUCUCUGACGCCAUGCUCUUAUGAGUUUAUCAUAGAUUCGGCUAUAAGCAUUUCAUGUUCGAACUGGAAACCAGCCUAUAACAACAAAUGCGUAAAAAAAACUCCAUCCAAGUUGCCCGUUCUCCCUAGCACUUUAAUUCAUUUAUCUGUCUCUUUAAACAUUUCGCUCACGUAAACAGACGAACAAGUUUACCGAUAUUACAAACCACGACCGGCAACAUGAACAUUCUUGAAAACCAAAACACAAACCUCUCACCGUCACCAGUCACUCCACAAUUCACUCGGUGCGCGUGCUCUUUUUCUCUCGAUACAAAAACCAAACGCACAGCUUGCUACGCCACCAGUAGGGUAUUUAAAUUUAACCGCGAAGCUUGUGCUUGCCUGCAUUCGAAAAUCUCUACUCAACAGUACAGAAUGGAAACACGCGCCACAGCAAAAGAGCGACACUCGCGAUCGCAACGCGCCGGCCUACGCUUCCCGGUGGCCCGGAUUCAUCGGCAGCUGCGAAGUGGCAACUAUGCGGACCGAAUUGAUGCCGGUGCCUCCGUUUAUCUGACGGCCGUCAUCGAGUACGUGGCUACCGAGAUACUGGAACUGGCCGGAAAGAACGCGCUCGAUUCUAGCAAGAAACGAAUCAUCCCACGGCACGUGCUGUGUGCCAUUCGAUUAGAUACCGAGCUGAACCAGAUGCUGGGGAAUGUGACGAUACCGCAGAGUGGCAUCAUACCACAGCUGAUCGUUCUGCCCCCCGGGAUGUCGUUCUUUACAGCAAGAUGCAAGAAGAAGGCUAAGUAGGUAAAUAUUUAGGUGUUUGUUUGUGUCUAGUUAUGCUGUAAUUUUUGUUAAUAAAUGUGCUCGAAAUAGUGGUUAAAAAUAUUGUGUCACUCAAAUCCGCAUCCGAAUUGAACAAUGAAGCCAUUUCAUGUCUCAUCGGACUUCUGCGGCACAACAAUUUGGUGCAAAACCCUUGGAAGUAGUUCAACACUCUGUUAGUUCUCCCAAAACAUAUUUGUUAAAUAACAAUAGCAAUACAUGAUAAAAUAAAAAAAAUUGGUGCAGGGCAGUAUUAAAUAGUGAAGAUAAAUAAAAUACACAAAAAAUAUAAAAGAACCAUAAUUUGCCAAGAGACUUACCAACU